GUUAGUGCUGGUGCUUGUAUCGGUGUUAGUGCUGGUGCUUGUGUGGGUGCUAGUGCUGGUGCUUGUGUGGGUGUUAGUGCUGGUGCUUGUGUGGGUGUUAGUGCUGGUGCUUGUGUGGGUGUUAGUGCUGGUGCUUGUAUCGGUGUUAGUGCUGGUGCUUGUGUGGGUGCUAGUGCUGGUGCUUGUGUGGGUGUUAGUGCUGGUGCUUGUGUGGGUGUUUGUGCAGGUGCUUGUGUGGGUGUUAGUGCUGGUGCUUGUAUGGGUGCUGGUGCUUGUGUGGGUGCUAGUGCUGGUGCUUGUAUGGGUGUUUGUGCAGGUGCUUGUGUGGGUGUUAGUGCUGGUGCUUGUAUGGGUGCUGGUGCUUGUGUGGGUGCUAGUGCUGGUGCUUGUGUGGGUGUUAGUGCUGGUGCUUGUGUUGGUGUUAGUGCUGGAGCUUUUACGGGUGUUAGUGCUGGAGCUUGUGUUGGUGUUAGUGCUGGAGCUUGUGUUGGUGUUAGUGCUGGAGCUUGUACGGGUGUUAGUGCUGGAGCUUGUAUGGGUGUUAGUGCUGGUGCUUGUGUGGGUGUUAGUGCUGGAGCUUGUGUUGGUGUUAGUGCUGGAGCUUGUGUGGGUGCUGGUGCUUGUGUGGGUGUCAGUGCAGGUGCUUGUGUGGGUGUUAGUGCUGGUGCUUGUGUUGGUGUUAGUGCUGGAGCUUGUGUUGGUGUUAGUGCUGGUGCUUGUAUGGGUGCUAUUGCUGGUGCUUGUAUGGGUGUUUGUGCAGGUGCUUGUGUGGGUGCUAGUGCUGGUGCUUGUGUGGGUGUUAGUGCUGGUGCUUGUGUGAGUGUUAGUGCUGGAGCUUGUGUGGAUGCUAGUGCAGGUGCUUGUAUGGGUGUUUGUGCAGGUGCUUGUGUGGGUGUUAGUGCUGGAGCUUAUGUUGGUGUUAGUGCUGGUGCUUGUGUGGGUGUUAGUGCUGGAGCUUGUGUUGGUGUUAGUGCUGGUGCUUGUAUGGGUGUUAGUGCUGGAGCUUGUAUGGGUGUUAGUGCUGGUGCUUGUGUGGGUGUUAGUGCUGGUGCUUGUGUGGGUGUUAGUGCUGGAGCUUGUGUGGAUGCUAGUGCAGGUGCUUGUAUGGGUGUUUGUGCAGGUGCUUGUGUGGGUGUUAGUGCUGGAGCUUUUACGGGUGUUAGUGCUGGAGCUUGUUUAUGGUGUUAGUGCUGGAGCUUGUAUGGGUGUUAGUGCUGGAGCUUGUGUGAGUGUUAGUGUUGGUGCUUGUGUGGGUGUUAGUGCUGGUGCUUGUGUGGGUGCUAGUGCUGGUGCUUGUGUGGGUGUUAGUGCUGGUGCUUGUGUGGAUGCUAGUGCAGGUGCUUGUAUGGGUGUAACUGCUGGUGCUUGUGUGGGUGUUAGUGCUGGUUCUAGUGUCGGUGUUAGUGCUGGUUCUGGUGUCGGUGUCAGGUUGCUGGGGUCGUGGGGUCAUGUCUAUGUUGUGAUACACUGUUUCAAACAUGUAGCCAACUGUGAAACCUUGUUAAUGUGAACUCAUUUCAAACAUCUCGGCUUAUCAUUGAAGGUGAUGUAACUAUAGGGUCCUGAUAGAAUCCCUAUCAGGACUAUGGAUGCAACUUAACCUGAAAUGCUUAACAUAAGGACUCCCCUAAAAAGCCGGACAUUCUAUGAGUCACGCACCUUACCGUAAGAGGUGACUAACGGGAUCGGGUGGUCAGGCUCGCUGACAUUGUUAAUGCAUGUCAUCAAUCCCAAUUGUGUGGAUCGAUGCUCAUGAUAUUAAUCACUGGAUUGUCUGGUCCAGACUUGAUUAUUUACAGACUGCUGUCAUAUAGCUGGAAUAUUGCUGAGUGCGGCGUUAAACAACAAACCAAUCUUUGGUAAAGUUUACUGUACCAAGAAUCACACACAGCAGGCACAUAUUGUGUGUGU